GGACCCUUCUGCAGACAUCGUGACCUAAGGCUCUCAGAAGGAUAUCUCCCAAAGAGAGAGGACACCCCUGGGUGGGUGAGAUGUCCCCGGGCAGGAUCUGCAAACUGCUCCCACCUGUUUUUGCCAGCUCUGUGCGGGAGAGAUGGGGCUUUCUACUCCUGUGAAGAGUUAGCAUCUCGGAAGCUCACGGGGGCGGUUCUACCCCGGCCUGUGGAGUUGCUAAGUGGGCACUGGCUCGAUGACAGUGAGUUUGGGUUUGGUUGUGACUGUGGAUAAGUCAUUGUAGGUCCCUGGAGCUCAGAUCCACACUGGAGAAAUGCCACCGGAAGCCCCACAGGGGAGGUGGCCAGGGGGUUCUCCCAGGGCUGUGAUUGCUACCACGUGGAUUUCCUGCCAUUCCUGCAGGGUCAGUUUCCAGCAGGAAGUGAGGUAGCCUUUCUAUCCCCCAUCCCUUCAAAACCCUAGUCUCAAGGCCACCAGAUCAUGGAGUACAGGGUAGGACCCAAGCCCUCUCUGUACUGCUCUGGUGGCCUUUCCAAUGACCCCCUGGGUGACUGAAGCAAACGAUGUGCGUGUGAGUCAGUGGUUAUUGGUGGUCCCUCGGCAUCCAGAAACCUCUCUCUAUUUUAGGGGGGAUUGGGGACCUAUAGGGAGGUCCCCUCUUAAUUUGGAUCCAGCCACUUGGUCCAAUUUUUUUUAAAUCAUGCAAAUAUAGUUUGAUAUGUACAGGAGACCAUAGUGAUGAAAGACAGCAUGCAAAUAUUUGAUUUCCUUUAAGCCCCUCAGAUUGGGCCGGCAGGACUUAAGUGUGAUGACAGGCCCGGAACCCAGGGGACUGAGCGAGCUGGCUUCCUGUCUGGAGGCCAGCAGGCAGUGAGUUGGGCGCUGCUGUCUUUCGCUGGGCCAGCCCAACAAGGCUUUGCAACAAGCGAACAAGGCUUUGCAACAAGUGGUAUGACCUCCUGGGUCACAUUGGAGGCAGCUAAGCAAAUAACCUGACCAAGGCCCCUCCCACACAGGCGCCCUGUCCUCUCCAGCUCCCACCUCGGUGCCUCCCCUCACGCUCUGGGCUCUCUCCCUCCCCUCCUUCCCUUCCUGGGAAUACUUUCCCCGGCCUCCCCUGGCAUGUUUUCCUUGUCUCCACAGACGGAAGAGGCCCGACAGCAGGAACUUGCUGAUCCACACACCCCCUGCUCCAUGGUGGCCGUGCUGUCAGGCUGGCGCCAUGCCCCCCCCUGCAGAGGUGACAGACCCGACCCAUGCGCCCGCCGUCCUGCGCCAACUCAAUGAGCAGCGGCUCCGUGGCCUCUUCUGUGACGUUACCCUCAUAGCUGGGGACACCAAGUUCCCCGCUCACCGGAGUGUCCUGGCGGCUUCCAGUCUCUUCUUCAGAGAGGCCCUGCUCGCUUCAGCCCCACCGCCCCUCCCACCAGUAACUGGGGAUUUGGCCCCCAACCCUGCCACCAGCUCCUCCUCAUCUCCCUCCUCUCCUCCACCCACCUCACCAUCUACUUCACCUCCACCUCGGGUCCUGGAACUGCCAGGCGUCCCAGCAGCUGCCUUCUCUGAUGUCCUCAAUUUCAUCUACAGUGCGAGGCUUGCUCUACCUGGUGGGGGAGGGGACGGGGCAGCGGUGGCAGAGAUCGGAGCUCUGGGGAGACGGCUGGGCAUCUCCCGCCUGCAGGGCCUGGGGGAGGGAGGUGAUGCCUGGGUUCCCCCUGCCUCAACCCCCAUGGCCACCUUGCAACCCGAAGAGGACGGCUUCGGGCCAGGGGCCAGGCCAGCUGGAGAGUGGGAGGAUGAUGGGGCGGAGGCCCAGGCCUCUGACUCACAGUCCUCGCUGUCCCGGCGGCUGCUCACGUGCCCCAGAUGUGGGAAAAGUUUCAUUCAUCCCAAGCGGCUGCAGACCCACGAGGCUCAAUGCCGACGAGGGGUCAGCACUCGGGCGUCUACCGGGCUGGGAGCCGGGGGCUCUGGCCCCGGCGGUCCAGCGGGAGUGGAUGCCUCCGCCCUGCCCCCACCGGUGGGUUUCAGAGGUGGCCCCGAGCACGUGGUGAAGGUGGUGGGCGGCCACGUGCUGUAUGUGUGCGCAGCCUGCGAGCGCUCCUACGUGACGCUGUCCAGCCUGAAGCGGCACAGCAACGUGCACUCCUGGAGGAGGAAGUACCCCUGCCGCUACUGCGAGAAGGUGUUCGCCUUGGCUGAGUACCGCACUAAGCAUGAAGUGUGGCACACUGGGGAGCGCAGGUACCAAUGCAUCUUCUGUUGGGAGACCUUUGUCACCUACUACAACCUGAAGACCCACCAGCGAGCCUUCCACGGCAUUAGCCCAGGCCUCCUAGCCAGUGAGAAGACUCCCAAUGGGGGCUACAAGCCCAAGCUCAAUACCCUCAAGCUGUACCGCCUGCUGCCCAUGCGGGCCGCCAAGCGGCCUUACAAGACCUACAGCCAGGGAGCCCCGGAGCCCGCCCUUUCGCCAGGUCUCGACAAAGCUGCUCCUGCAGCAGUCCCAACCAGCCCACCCCCCGGACCCCCACCUGCCCCAGAGCCUGGGCCCCCACCCUCUGUCAUCACAUUUGCCCACCCAGCCCCUUCGGUCAUUGUCCACGGGGGUAGCAGCGGUGGCGGAGCCUCGAGUGGGCCUGCCAGCACGGGAGGGGCCCAGGCCGCCUCUGUCAUCACUUACACCGCUCCCCCAAGACCUCCCAAGAAGCGUGAGUACCCCCCGCCCCCGCCAGAGCCUGCGCCCACCCCAGCCAGCCGGGCCCCAGAAGUGAGCCUAGCCCCAGCAGCAGGGUCCACCCCGGCCGCCGCGGAGGAGACCAAAGGCCAGACCCCACGUGCAGGGAGGACUCUGACAUACACCGCCAAGCCAGCUGGCGGGAUCGGCGGGGGCGGGGGUCCCCUGGCGGGGCCUGGCCGGGGCCCCUCGCAGCUCCAGGCUCCCCCACCGCUCUGCCAGAUCACCGUGCGCAUCGGCGAGGAGGCCAUUGUCAAGCGCCGCAUCUCAGAAACCGACCUGCAUCCUGGGGAGCUGAGCGGAGAGGAUGGGGAGGAGAGUGAGGAGGAGGAGGACGAGGACGAGGACGAGGAGGACGAAGACGAGGAAGAGUCGAAGGCUGGUGGGGAGGACCAGCUCUGGAGGCCCUACUAUUCCUACAAGCCUAAGCGCAAGGCCGGAGCCUCGGGCGGCGGCGGCGGCGCGGGCAACGCGGUGCCCCGAGGGCGGCGGCAGCUGCGCUGGAGGCCGAAGCUGGAGCGCAGGGGCUGGGAGGAGACGCCUGCGGCCGAGGGCCCGGCCGGGCGUGCCCGCAGUGAGCGGAGGCACCGCUGUGGGGACUGUGCCCAGACCUUCGCCACCCUGCGCAAGCUGCGCAAACACCAGGAGGCCCACAGCAGCGGCUCCCACGGCUCCCGGGCCGGGCGGAAGCCCUGCAGCCGCUUCACCUGCCCGCACUGCGCCAAGGUGUGCAAGACCGCUGGCGCCCUCAGCCGCCACGUGCAGAGGCACGCCGCCGAGCGGCCCGGGGGCGCCCCCACCCCUGUCAUUGCCUACUCCAAGGGCGGCGCCGGCGCGCGGCCCGGCCCCGGGGGCGUCAAGGAGGAGGCCCCCCAGGAGAUGCAAGUCUCCUCGUCCAGUGGAGAGGCGGGGGGCGGAGGCACUGCAGCCGAGGAAGCCUGUGAGCCGGCCUCCCUUCAGGACCCUGUCAUCUCUGGGGGUGAGGAGCCCCCGGUGGUGGCGGGAGGGGGCAGCUACACCUACCCGCCUGUGCAGGAAUUCCCCCUGGCUCUGAUUGGCAGUGGCCGGGAAUCGGGCAGUGGCAAGGGCAAACCUGGGAGUGAGGGGCCAGUGGGGGGUGGGGAGGGCGACCGGGUGGAGGGGAUGGGGGCUGCCAAAGUGGCCUUCUACCCCGAGCCCUACCCCCUCGUCUAUGGCCCCCAGCUCCUGGCAGCCUACCCAUACAAUUUCAGCAACCUGGCCGCCCUCCCCGUGGCUCUCAACAUGGUCCUGCCUGAUGAGAAGGGUGGGGGGGCCCUUCCCUUCCUACCAGGGGUCUUUGGCUAUGCAGUGAGUCCUCAAGCCGCACCUCCCACCCCUCCACCCCCAGCUCCCCCAACUCUUCCUCCCCAAGUCCCCCCUAAGGGGGAAGGGGAAAGGGCAGGGAUUGAGAGAACCCAGAAGGGAGACGUGGGGUGAGCUCUGGGCCAGUUUCCCCCCUUUCACCAAUUGCUACCCUCCCUGAACCCUGCCACUACUACUAGCGCCCUGGCCUCCCUGCCCCUUGGGAGUCCCUCCACACUCUUGUGCAGGGACUUUGGGGGGCUCCUGGAGCACAGGGGUCAGGCGGCUUUGUGUGAGAUUGUAGUUUUCCCAUCUUCUGGGACGGGGUCUCUGAUGGUUCCCCUCUCAAUUCUCCUCCAGGGAAUGGCCUCCUUGAGGGGCACGGGCAGCCCCCCAGGCCCUUCUCCAGCCCUCGGGGCAACUGAGCAAUAUACUUCUCUGAAUCUCUACUCACAGCCCCCACCAGCUCUGAAUGUCUAACCCUGCACGCCCCGAUUCGGAAAAUCAUCUCUUAUCCAAUGAUCCCACCUGGUUCUGAAGCUUUCUCUUCCCUUCCGACCCCUUCCCCAGAUGCUUCCUAGCACAUUCCAGUCUUCUGUUUCUUCUUCCCACUCCCCACCCUCCCCAGGUGAGAGGGUGAGGCCCAGGACCUGGACCAGACCAUUGUGAUACCCCAGCCCCACCCACGUGGGGGCAUGGCUUCAGAUUCCAUUUCCCCCAGGACGGUGUCUGUGUCCCUGGUGGUGGUUACUGUUGUUUUGUUCCUGUGGAAAUGCCAUGCCUUCCUUGGCUUCCAUGCCUUGGGAUCUUCCAUCCUCCUGGACUUUGGAGCUAGCCUCUCCCGAUCCAGGUCAAGGGGGUCUUCUGGCUGUGGGGAGGGCUAGCCAGCCCUCUCUUCCAUGGCUGAGCACUUCCUAGUCCAAGGCAGCACCAGUCUUGGCCCUGUCUUAACCCCCAAAUCCAGUGACCCCCAGAUUCUUCCAAGGCAGACUUGGUGAUGUGUCACACCUCUUCCUGCCUCUAGAUAUAGCCUCUUCUGGGCUCACUCCGAUUUGGGGGCCAGGAGGGAGGAGCUCCAUAUGGAAUGGGGAAGGGCAUCUACUUGCUCCCUGUUUUUUUCCUGAUGGUUUCUCCCAGAAUAGACCAAAUAGCCAGAAAAAUGAUGGGGGUUGGCUGGGUGGGUGAGCCCGAGAUUUGCACAUGACCUCCCAUCCUCACCUUGGCCCCAUCUUCUCCCAUGUCACUCCCCUCAUCAGUCACUCCAAAUAGUUUGUGGGAGCCACCGUACUCCCCUGGUGGGUUUUGGGGUACCCCCACCAAUUUCCCUCCAAAAUAGCACCUUACGCCCCGUCCUUGACUCAGUUUCCCGCACCCAAAGAUCCCAGCCUAGGGAUGGGGCACAGAGACUUUAAACAGUCCCUAGUCCCGAAUUUGCACUAGUUAACUCUGGUCAGGGGUCCCUAUAUUUCCUUCCAGUGGGGGGGAGGGGGAGAUGAAGAAAUGUUUGUUCCUAAUUCCCUGAAAACUGGGCCUCCCAGUUUUCCUGUCAGUGAUCGGACGAACAUUUCUACCCCACUAUUCCCCCCCUCCCCCAGCCUUGGUGGGGAGAAAAAGAAAAACAGCUCAUAAGGGGAGAGCCAGUUAAGUUUUGGGGGAGCAAAUUUGGCAAAUGGGAAUGAGAGGAGUGCAGUUUCAAAAAGGGAAAUGUUGCCGUCAUGAAAAUGCGGCCUUUUCCCCAGCUACUGUUUUCUAGGGCCAAGAUGGCUGCCCUCUGAGCAUCUGCUGACCGGCAUGAUCGAGGCUUCUGGAGGGAGGGGAGUUUGGGGGAGGGGCAGGCGCAUCCUGCCCUCUCCUGCCUUCCCAGUGUAUAGGAAGGGGGAGGAGGCUCCCGGCAGGCUCCUUGGAUGUUAAAGCAGACGAGUGAGAGCUGCUCCUUCACUCCCCUCGCUGUCUCUCUGCACUUUUCUUGGUCUUGGGCACAACCUGAGUGAAGCGUUUCCUACUGAAUGUACCAAGUUCCAAUUUUUAAGUAGGCAAAACAAGAGUUUGAAAUAGGGGGACAAUACAAACAAACAAAUCAUUAAACAAGUCCCACAAAUCUUGUUUCUGGCACUUUAGAAAAACUGCGGAAAAAACGUAAUAAAGACUACAUAUAUAUAUAUCUACACACAAAUUAUCUAUCUAUCUAUACAGCGGAACCACAAGAGACUGAGGGAGGCCUGGAGGCAGGGGCAGAUGUGAGGACAGACAGGCGGCCCACAGCCUUUAGUCUGCACUCCUCUGAGGCAAAAAGGGGGGAGAUAGAGGGCGUUAAGGAUGGGCUGGGGAAUUUGAAUUUCAGAAUGGGUCAAAAUUCCAAAAACCAUGGAUAUUUUGGGAGAACUGGGAUUGUAGCCUUUUUUCUUCUUCUUUUUUGCAACUAUGAUUUAGGAAAAUGGUUUCCAGAAUUUGGUGGUUCUGGGCACUGAGAUUGUGGCAAAGUGGAGAUGAACAUAUGUGUAUCGGAGCUGGGGGUAGUGUGCAUUUCAGUUGUUGGAAGUUGGGGAUUUUGCAGUUUCGUCUUUUGAAGUCUAUGGAGUCUUGUGAGUUUGUGUUCUUUGCCCAUGUUCUCUGGGAAGAAGGGUGAAAGUGGAGUGGGAAGGCCACUGGUUCUGUGCCGCAGCACACAAGAUUUAGAAUUCUACAGACUCUAGCUCUAUGCGUAGUGAGGACCCAGAUAUAGAGAAACUGACCGAUAUUUAUCUCCGCAUUUGUGUGUGUGUCCAACUCUAGGCCAAUAAACCAACAAGACAAAUGAA